UUUUUAGAGUUCCAGACUCAAGAUUUUUCACCACUCUGUAUCCAAAACCUGUCAUUUUAACAUGUGGAACAAGUUUUACACUGCCUGUCACAUUUAGACCAUUAGAAAAGGUUUGUAACCAGUCAAUAUGCCAGCUUACUCUUAAGUUAAAAGUCGUUAACUUACACACAUAAUAAUCUCACAUCCUGUCAACAAGAGGCCAACAGACCAUAGAACAGACUCGCAACAAGUUGCUCCAACAAAUCUGAUAUUGUCUACUUGUAAGAAGUUGUUAACUAGUUCAUGACAACAGGGAUGACAGCAGGGAUGGAUCCAGAAUGAUCUGGUAGGGGGGUGCAAAUUUUUUUAGGGACCCGUAUUUAAAAAAAUUUUCCCGUUCCGGAAAAAUUUUUAGGCAAAAAAAAUUUUCCGGACAAGUACGUUGCAAUUACCAGUGACUUUACCCGUCUAUCAACUUGUUCCACUACUGCAAAGUCUUGCUUGACUACAGUAUUCAAAUUGUAAUCGCUUAUCAUCAUGUUAUUACUCAAAUUACUGAAUCUCAUUUUGUCUCUAAUAAUUUUUUGCUUUAUCAUGAAAAAUAGCAACCCCUCUGCACCCCCUUAGCCGCCAAGCUGGGGACCCCCCCCAGUAAAUCCAUCCCUGGCUCGUAGCAACUUGUUAUGAACAACCUGUAUUAGUCUUGUUGGAACAACUUUUAGCGAGUCUUUACCGUCAUCAACCUUGUAACAAGUUGACAACAACUUGUACCAGACUUGUCACAACAACUGGGAACAAGCAGUGCGAACACAUAAUUAUAUAGGCUUGACAACAACAUUGUUACAACUUGUUUGCAGAUCUGCAACAAUUUGCGCGUUUUAUGUGAGAUUAGAACAUGUCAAAUACUUGUGACAAGCAUCUACACACACACGCAAAAACGCACAAGUUGUUACCGAUCUGCAGACAUGUUGUUACAAAUCUGUUGACAAGUUGUGUUCGCACUGCUUGUUCCCAGUUGUUGUAACAAGUUUGGAACAAGCUGAACAACUUGUAACAAGCUGGACGGCAUUAUCAGACUUGUUACAAGGUUGUUCUAACUCGUCCGAUACGUCAUGAUGUACCAAGAAUUUUACAAGGUUAGUGAUGACCGAAGGUAAUGUAACAAUAUUGUUAUAUCAUGGCUGUGUCAGACUUGUUGGAACAACCUUGCAACAAGUCUGGCAAUAUCAACAAGGUUGUUGCAACUGUUAACAAGUUGUUCCAUACUUGUUCACAACUUGGGACAAGCAGUGCGAACACAACUUGUUGACGGUUUGUUUGCAGACUUGCACUCACUUGCUACAAGAUGUAGGUUUUUGCGUGUGUAUUGGGAAUACGUUGUUAUCUGAGAAUGUAUACAUGACUUUGUACUAAGUUAAACAAUUAUUCAUGCAAUUACAUUUUUAGGGUCAGUACGAAGACAAGAUUGAGUUUCAAACCAAAGUAAGGUCACUUUGAUAUUAAUGAAAACUAUUUAAGAUUAUUGGCUAUUUGUGUUGUACUGUAGAUUUUUUGGCAUCUUGUUUGAUAGAACUGGCAGGGGUGGAAAAAAUAGGCAAGCACGCGAGCGCUGCUCGCAGGAAAUUUUAAACAGCUGCAGGAAAUUCGUUUGAAUGAAGAUGCGCUAUUGAAACUUUGAAGGAAACCUUAACACCCAUGUCCCAUUAUGGGCGCAACAACAUAUGGUUGACAGACACUAUUCCUUGAAUUUAAGGCCAUGGUCAGCUAGGACACUAUAUAUUUAUGCACAUGCAGAUUUAGCACAAAUAUGGAAGAAAAUUUUUUUCCUGCCCUGAGAACUGAACUGGCUGUAGAUGGAUGGGAAUUCCGAGCGAAAAUUUAUAUACAUUACAGUAAUUGUUAUAGUUAAUAGACCUGGCCGGGAGCAAUUAGCCUUUCUUACGAACAUCCGCCAUUUUUUGGUGGCAUCUAAUUCUCGUUAACCAAUGCAGACAACUGAAACAAUGUGAAGAGCAUUUUUUCAAAAUAAACUAACCAUUUUCAAAGCAAAUUUAUUCGUCCAAAAAAUUAUAAAAAGUCGCUGUGUGUUUGUGCUGUACCUCUAUGUUUGUCAGGUCACUGACUCUAUUUUACUUUUUUUAUUUCUGAUAGGAUGGUACAUUUGCAGUCCCUAUAAAAGCCGUGCUGCCUAAAGCUGAUUUGAUCGUUCCAGAAAGUUUGACAUUUGGAAUGUGCGCUAUAAAAGACACAUGUGAAUUGAGUUUUAAACUAAGCAACCCCAGGUCAGUUAGUACGGAACCAGAGUUAAAACGACUAGCAUUGCGUAAAACCUAUGAAUUGUAUUAUUUAUUAUGUAUUCAUCUACAAUUGAAUGUAUUCUUUCUAUUCAGUGAGGUACAUACUCCAUUCAAAUGGGUUAUUCAAGAACCAUUUUCAUUAACUCCAUCAAGUGGAAGUCUGGCUCCUAAAACGUCGUGUCUUAUUAAAGCUACAUUUUCACCUAAGGUUUGUACUAAUGAAGUGUAUUGGCAAAGAGAGUUGAUGAGAGUUGAGAAGCGAGAGUUUGCAUCAGAGUUUUUUCAGCUCGUAUGCCCCAGUCAAACGAGAACAAGAGUUGCAUGAGAGUUGAUGAGAGUUGAGAAGCGAGAGUUUGCAUCAGAGUUUUUUCAGCUCGUAUGCCCCAGUCAAACGAGAACAAGAGUUGCAUGAGAGUUGAUGAGAGUUGAGAAGCGAGAGUUUGCAUCAGAGUUUUUUCAACUCUUAUGCCCUAGUCAAACGAGAACAAGAGUUGCAUGAGAGUUGACUGGAUAUUACCGCGCGGGUAACGAAAACUCGCAUCAUAAUUUGAACCAGUUCACAGUUCAGUGGUCAUCUUCAGAAAUAUUGAAACUUAAAGGAGCACGAAUAUUAAACUCCUUCUCAAUUCUAUUUAUUUGCCACUAAAUCGGCUUUUAGCAAGGCUGUCAAAACUGGCCGUCCAAAAAAUACCAAGGGUGUGGCAACCUAUUUUCAUAUAAUAGACGUGGUAAAAAAAUCUGGCGCUUGAAAUCAGUUGUGAUAUAUGCCAAUAAUUGAGCGUCUUUUUGACAAAAAAUUAUAUCGAUUGGCGAAACGUAUGCAAUAGAUACAGUAAAGUAGAAGGCAGCUGACAGCUUUUGAGGAAUUCAAGAAAUAUCACAAAGUCUGUGAGUUGAGCAGGCACUCUUUAAAGAAAAUAUUUUCUCAGACCGUCCAUGGCCGUCUGUUAAAACGUAGUUGCGGUCUAACAAUAGCCUGCGAACAGGCUCUUUGAAUUGAAAAAUCUGAGAGUGGCCCUCCACUCCAUAGACUCUAGUUGGAAAUGCAAGACUACUACAUAAUUAUAACCUGAAAUUCGUUCUGUCAAUUAUUUGUUGUUAUUUUAUCUCACUGUUUAGGGUGGUUUUGUGUACAAUGCAACUGCUGUUUGCUAUUUUGGAGAUCUUACAGAACCUAUGGAAAAAUCUAUAAAACUGGAUGGAAUAGGUGGGUGUCACUAAGAACUAUUUAAUUCGUAACGCAGAUGAUGGUUAGCCUGCGUCGCAUACUUCAAAACACAUGUUUUAUCAUAAAAAAUGCGUUUUGAAGUAUGCGACGCUGGCUAAUGAUGGUCAACCUGCAGUCAUCAAGGCUCAUUUCCACUCAAGAAAAAUUUUCACGGACAGAAAAUUUUCCGAAAAUAUCAUUGAAAAUUUAUUGUUGAAAAUUUUUUUCCGACGGAAAAUUUGUGUUCACAUUCACAUUUUACAAAAUUUUCUUUCUGCGGAAAAUAGUUACCUGCAAGGGCGGAUUUUCAUUUUUUUUAAAGGAGGGGUAGAAAAAUUUCUGGUGGGGUGCAAUUUUUUCUGGUUAGGCGUUAAGGUUAAAGACUUCCACACAAAAUAGGAGGGUGAAGCAAAAUUUUGGUGAGGUUGAACACUUUAUAAGAGGGUUAGAGAGAUUCUAGGAGGGGUUUAACCCCCCCCCCCCCUCCCAGUAAAUCCUCCCAUGUUUUCCUGAGAGGAAAUGGGCCUUGAUAGAGUGAGAAAAUAAAUUAAAUAAUUGUUAAUUCCUUCCAUUAUAGGUAAUAGUCUUAUAUUUGGAGGCGAAAAAUUGAAUUAACAGAUAUAACAUCAUUUGUUCAAAAUUGUCCCUAUCAAUGAUUGUACAAAAAUCGGAUAAUGCUAUUCACAGAUAGUAAAUUUUUCAAUCUUUCUAUUUAAUAUUGUCCGUUGAUUGGGAUAACCCAGACUAAACAUCAGUGUUUGCAGAUUAAAAUUUCUUUUCAUUGAGGUUCACAUCCGUAUUUUUUAGCUUUUUAAUCAUUUAUCCAGCGCUACAACCCACCCCUGAAUUUGACCACUUUGCCACACCGUAAUACUGACCGAAACAAUGACCUCGUUAUCAUCAUUCGCUAUUCUGACACGAUGUCUUUCUGUAGGUAAAUACCCGCACAUAAUGGUGAAACAUUCGUCAAACAGUGACGAAAGUUGUACAUCAAGUCCGGGUGAAACUCUGGUACAGUUUGGCACGGUAGCAGCGGGUUUCACUGCGGACAAGACCAUACAUCUUCAUAAUUUGUCCCCUGUGAACGCUUCCUUUCAAGUUCUUCAGCCAUCAUCUAUAUCGAAUCUUGAGAAAGUGUUUAGCUGUUCACAGUAUCAUGGAAUUAUUGCCCCGCAAAGCACGGCUAAAAUAAAGGUACGAUUGACCUCAGGGCUUGAAUUUUAUCGCGGCAAUUGCCGUAGAGGGAGAACAAAAUGCAGUGGAUCAUUGCGGCAACGACGGCAAUUUUUUGCCGUAUAGUGUACUUUUUAUACUAUUCACCGUGCAUUAAUUCACUAUUUUGAUACUUGAAUUCAGAUGUUGAUCAAAUCAUGCGUAAACUACUAUUUUAGUCUGAGUUUUCUUCGAAAAAAAACACUAAAGAAAUAUGUACAGUAAACAUGUUUCUAGCUUGUCAGCAAUCCAAAUAACAAUAAAAUUAAUUUAUUACAGUAAUUUGAAAAAUUGCCGUGGAAACUGCCAAAAUUGCCGUAGACAGCUGUUAUGUUCUAGGACAAUUUUCAACGCCAUUGCCGUCGAUUGAUUUCAGGGAAAUUCGAGGCCUGAUUGACUUCAAUACCUCGGAUUCGUGAAUAACGCAGUCUCCUGGGGCCGGUUGUCUAAAACUCUUAAUCACUUUUUUAAUCACUAUUUUGUAGUUAAAUAGUGAUUAACUCUCAAAUACGCGCCUCUUAUUGGAUGACGUUUCCACUAACUAUAUGUAUGUAUGUAUGUAUGUAUGUAUGUAUGUAUGUAUGUAUGUAUGUAUGUAUGUAUGUAUGUAUGUAUGUAUGUAUGUAUGUAUGUAUGUAUGUAUGUAUGUAUGUAUGUAUGUAUGUAUGUAUGUAUGUAAAACUUUAUUUCAAUACGCUAACUUCGACAAUUAUUUACUAGCCUGCGAACAGGCUCUCAAGCUGAAUUGAGAGCCUGCAUCGAUGACUAAUGAAUUUGAAUAUCUGCGUCUCAAAUCGUGACGCGAAAUUCUCAUUGGUCAGAUGCUAUAAUUUAUAUUAUUCUGCUGAGCUCUAUAUAUGUCAACUGCUAGCACUAUGCAUAAAAAACACAUUAACUGAUCAAAUUGGUCGUGGCCAUCUUAUCUCAAAGCACGAAACGUUCUGUGUUGAGAAAACAGUAUUUAAAACAUGUAAACUUUUGCUUCAAUAUCUUAUAUUUCGAAAAACAGUAUAAACUGUACGGUCUAAAUUUAGUUUGCAUGGUCUAAAUUUAGUUUGCACGAAAGUUGUAAACAACACCAUAUAAGGAUAGACAUUCCAUAUUUGGAAAAACGAACGUUACGGGGCAGAUAUUCAAAUUCAUUAGUCAUCGAUGCAGGCUCUCAAUUCAGCUUGAGAGCCUGUUCGCAGGCUAAUUAUUUACAACUGAUUUCCACGAAGGGCGUAUACACACAAAGAGCUAAAUGUUAAUUAUAUAUAGAACAAAAUAUGUAAGAAUCCCACCCUAAAAUUUUAUCAUCUUCCUCCCUAUAGUUAACUUUAAUCACUUUUUUAUACAACCGGCCCCUGAUCUUAAUUUCAUCUCAAUCGCAUGUGAGAAGAGUGCUUCCUCUGACUCUACAGGGCCGUUUAAACUUGCAAGUUUUGUUGCGAUUUUCCUCUUCUGAUGGUCGUGAACGCGUUAUGAAUGUUCAGAUGACACUCAGAACAUUCAUAACUCAUUUACUCGAUCACAUACAUUGGAAGAAGGAAAUCGCACCGAAUUUCGCAGUGUAAACGGGGCCAGUAGACCUUUUGCACGACGUCACAAGGCUUGAUGCCCGCGAAGAAUGCUGGUCUUAGUUGUCAUCGCCCGGGAAAAUUAAACAAUUCAAAAUAGCCACUAUCAAAAUUUUCUCGGGCGAUGACUAUACUAAGACCAGCAUUCCUCGCGGGCAUCAAGCCUUGUGACGUCAUUAUGCAUAAGGUCUAUUGGUUAAUCAGACUAUAUCUGCCCAUGUAUCUAUGUAGUUAACCCAUUAAGUUGCGACCUAAUACGCCCUACUUUAUUAUUUUCUUCUGUCUGAUGCCAGAUGAUUUUACUUGUCAAAGGGAGACCGCUGGCACUCUCAAUCACUGUUAGCACGGCAAAAAACGCCGAGCCCGCUGCUCAACAGGAUUGAACAAUGUUUUGCUGCCCACGUUGUUCACACUUGUCAACAAUAUUGAACAAUGUUGUUGAGCCUGAAUCGGGUGUAACAAUAUUGUUCAAUAUUGUUGACAGCUAUGAACAAUGUGGGCAGCAAAACAUUGUUCAAUCCUGUUUUCAUCAGUAUUGCAUCAACCUGUGCGUUUUUACGCGUGUAGAUCAGUGCUCUCAAUGCAUUAAACGUUUCUCUUGUGGUAGUACUAGAUCACUAAGGGAUAGCCAUCACUGUAACAUUAGGGAGAACAGUUUAGAACUCAUGAUAGGGCCUCUUACUCAGCAUAAGCAAAGAUGGUUUAGUCUAGUAAUUGAUAGUUGUACUAUACAAUCCCCAGGUACAAUACGCUCCCUCGUAUCCAGAUGCUUCUCACGUGGAUUAUUUCGAAGUGAACGUUCUUGGUGCAACGACCUGUUCUGUUAUCAAAUGUGUGGGGAAGAGCAAAGGUAUAUAUUGUUGAAACACCUCGUCUUAUACACUAUUGCGAAGAUAAAACCAGUGUUUGCUUCCGUUCGCGUUCGGAACGCGUCCGGAAAACAUUUGAACGCGUUGGUUAAUUUGGUAUGAAACUGCUUUCGUCUACAUGACAUUGAAAAAAAGUUAAUAAAGAUAAAAUGUUAUAUAGGUCCGCGUGUAAAGUUUGAUACUUCGUCUCUUGGGUUUGGUCAAGUGAAAUCUGGUGGUACAAUAACAAGAAUAUUAAAUAUCAUAAACGACUCCGACGUGAACACUGCAUUUCAAGUAAGUUUUAUAUGCUAUGAGUUGUUCGUGCUGUGCCUUAGAAGGUCUGGGGUAGGGUAUUACUCAGUUUAGCUGACUACCUUGAUGUACCAAUCUCGUACCCAGAGCAAUGCCUGUGCGCGGGCUAGGAUGGCGUUGACUCUGGGGAAAUUGACAACCGGAACCCCUAAAUUUAGGGGUUCUGGUUCUUUGUCGGCAUGUACGAUUGAUAAACGUUAAACCAAUCACAGCACAGGUUUCCCCAGAGCCAAUGCCAUCCUAGCCCGCGCACAGGCAUUGCUCUGGGUACGAGAUUGUUGAUGUACUUGAAAGCUCGUAUAAGCAGAACUGGAUCUACCUGGAGGAUCUUGCAAGAGGGGCCUGCAAUUAAUUUCCUUGUAAAAUUUAUUUUUUGGAAAGGCAAUAGUCAUUAUUAGAAAAGCGAAAAUAGGACAGAGACAAAAUGCAAAAAUAAGCCAGAGACUCUCAGCUGCAAGAAAUAUAAGUAGCUCGCCUUACCUUAGACCUUUAUCAAUUUCACGAAAUACUAAUAAUUCUACAUAUAGUUCUCAUAAUUAUUUCUGUAUUUUCUUUCCCAGUUUCUUAUCGAUAAAGUGAACAGUGUGUUCACGUUCGAGACAACAUUUGGGUAUCUCCCUGCUGGAAGUAGUCAGGGUAUCGUUGUAAGGUUUCAUCCUGUCCUUGCUAUCAACUACUACCGUAAAAUCUCGUGUUUACUGCAGAACCAUGUAAGUACUAGCUAAAGAACUGUAUUUGUGACGCAAUCAUGGUUAGUACAUUUUGCCAUCUUAAUAGACCUUAUGCACAAUGACGUCACAAGGCUUGAUGCCCACGGGGAAUGCUGGUCUGGCCAUUUUGAAUUGUUUAAUUUUCCCGGGCGAUGACUACUAAGACCAGCAUUCCUCGCGGGCAUCAAGCUUUGUGACGUCAUUAUGCAUAAGGUCUAUUGUUAUAACAGUGACUGUGGAUUUGAUUUCUGCAAUAUACCAUUGUCUAAUUUCGUCUCAACCGAAGAGGAGUGCUUUCAGUUUGACUCUACCAAACGUAGUAGUAGCUUUUCCUCGAAAGAACUGAUAGAGCUAUCCAGUAUAAAUAAAGUUUACUUUAGGCUUCCUCCUGUAUCUUAGCACUGGAGCAAUAUAGGCUAAGAUACAACUGUAACUUGGACAUGCAGAACAGUCAAAACUGAUAGAGUUAUCUAGUUCACCUGAGUACAUAACACCAACACACACAAAAAGUAUCAAUAUAAGUGAGUUUAGAUUUCCUGCUGUACGAACACUGGAUCAAUAAGAGUUGGUCCCAGGGGCGAAACUUCGGUAUUACGACUGGGGGGAUGUGAGCUUGUUUUGCCAGUCCAAAAGGGCGUGGCCAAAGUCGUUCUAGACCCUAUAUCUAUGUUCCCGAUGGACGAACAUUUCAGUCGCUAAUUAAUAUUUCUUUUCCCAAAAUUGUUAGGGGGGGGGUUAAUUUUUUCCCUAAAUUUGCCCGACGAAAUUGUAUGGAUAUACCCGACGAGAUAGAGACCCCCCCGGUAGUUUCGCCCCUGGUUGGUCCUUACUGAACCUCAGUCAAAGGGAGAACUGUUUAGGGUUGACAUAGCUGGUCAGUAUACAGUAACAGAAAAUAAUGUUAGUUUAGAAAAAGACGAUGUAUACCAUCUUUCACGCAUUUUUCGUUUGCUGAACAUUAUUAGGCUCCACUUAUGUUGGAAGUGUUUGGAACAUGUCACACGGAAUUAGUGCAGCCUGGUAAGUGUCACUCAUUCUCACAGCUGCGGAAAAUAAGUCUCUUCGUGGGAGCACAGCCUGGAGAUAAGAAUGUCCUGCAGAUCAACUGAGUAUAUUAUUGUGCUAAAUCACUGCCUAUAGACAUAGUGACCGUGGUUAUAGAAUCAGGGAAUGACAUCUGUCAACCAUAUCAGGGCUGCAAAUUACUGUCGGACAUCAGACAAUGUCCGACUAAAUUUGGCAAAUGUUCGAGCAAAAGUAAUUUUGAUCGGACAUUGGUCCGAUCAAAAAAAUAUAUUGUCACAUUAUACAUUUUUUUGCUUUGACAAAAUCCGAUUGCAAAUUCACUCAAUUUACAUUUUGCAAUAAAACUUACGAGGCAUUCUAGCAUUUUACUUAACGUUGCGCCGGAAUGGCUAUACUUGUCUCGUGAUUUAUAUAUACCUAUAUAUAUAUCUUGUGCAACGCAUAUAUGUCCGACCAAAUUCAAGUUAUGUCCGACGAAAAUUAAAAGUGAUCGGACAAAUGUCCUGUCAAGUCAAAUAUUUAUUUACAGCCCUGCAUAUAUUUUUGUGCCCAUAGUGGAACACACGUGUUAGGGUUUCCUUCAAAUUUUCAAGUUGAAAAUCUUCAUUCUGACAAAUUUCUUGACGAUAUUUAACAUUUCCUGCGACCGCUUGUUUAUUUUUCUAUCCCUGUUCAUUUGAGUUUUCAUUUUAUAUGACGUGCUACGUGCACUAAACUAAAUAUUCAAUUUUUAGCUGUCCUACAACAGAAGCAUAUUGCUCAAUAUAAACUUUUUGUAAAGCGAGGACUGUCAAGAACCCCGCCUGAUGUGAGUAACUGAAUCAUAUACUGUGUUGUAUAUACUACUUUUAACUGGCUUCGUAAUUGAAAAAUGCCUAUCUCGUUCCUAGCAACUGAAUGAGAUGUUAAACGAAGGAAAGUUAAACGUUGAUGAAAAUGGCAUCUACAGUAACCCAGUAAGUCAUCACUUUUAAAGUGCUUCUAAUCCCGCGAAUAUGAUUUUGGUGUGUGUAAUAAUUUGGUCAUUCCGAGAAAAAAUGUAAUAUUUCUUUGUAGUAGAAACCUCAUCAUGAUAAACUUUUUAACUGUCAGAGUUAUCAGAUAUGAUGUCAUUAGAUAAUUUUUGGCACUAAACAACUAAUGUCACUUAAUUUGUAAUUCAUCAAUAUGACAACAUUAUGAUGAGGUUUUUUGCUAUAAAGAUAUAUUUAUUUAUAUAUAUUUCUUCUCAGAAUGACCCUUUUUGUCACUUUGUCACAAAUUUUAGUGCCAUUUUAAACUUCAAUUCUUUCUCUUCUAUAUGAAGAAAUGGAAAUACUACACAUAUUGAGAGAUGAUUGCAGCAAAAAUUAUCAGUUAUUUAAAUUUGUUUCACAAUUUUAUAGCUUAUCACUGACCUGGAAAAAUCCGAGGAAGAUUUAUCAUGUGAGGAACAGUUCUUUGACGAUACAAGCAUUGGCGAAGCGGUAAGCUAGAGAGAGCGUAGUUUAUAGAAAAUCCGUACUUAUCUUUUCAUUGUUAUAUCUUCCUGUAUAUUAUAUAGGCGAUCGUACAACCACAUAUCAGUGUGGACCACUCGCAGUUAAAUUUUGGUAAAUGUACUAAUAUUCCUUGUGUGGAACAAAAGGUAAGGCCAUUAUGGAAGAUUUAGAUUUGGAAAGUUAAUCUGGAAAUUAUCACCUUUGUAUGUGUAAUUAUGAUUUCUAAAGAAAUGUUAUGAUUAGUAUCAACUUUAUUUCAUAGACUGUGAAUAUCACAAAUCAUACAAAAGGCAAAGUAACGUGCAACUGGCUCAAAGGUACAAUAUUAACAUUGGAAAACAGUGAGCUCUAUAUAAUAUAUAUCUGGAGCAAGAAAUAGGCAAUUCCAGCUUUUAGUUUAUGCCUGCAGGGGAUGAUGGGAAGUAAGGUAUCAUAUUGCUGAUUAUGCUGAAAAAUUUCAAUAAAAACUACCGAAACAACCUAAAUAUUUCAGUAUUUACAAGUAUAAGCUCACUCCGUGUUUACACGGCCACCAUUUUUAUUGUUUCAGCAUAAUCCAAUGCGAUACCUUACUUCCCAUCGUCCCCUGCACGCAUAAACUAAAAGCUGGAAUUGCCUAUUCAGUCAUUCGGCCUAUAAGAAAAAUGAAGCCAAGAUGGCGACCAUUGACGUCCAAUAGCUCUAAAGGUCGUAAACAGUUUUUGUACCAUUUAUCCCAACUAAUUCCAGCUUUUCUAACGACCGUAUCGCUAAUUAGCCAUGUCCCAAUCGAGCAGAGGACUGGGUCUAGUCGCUUGUUUGGAGGGACACAAAAUAAACAAUAUGCCGAAUAUGGCAUCUAGGAAGUUUUCCUACAUUCCUAAAGUUUUGGAGUCUGAUUUGUGCAGCCUGAAACGCAACAAAGGCAUCUUUUAAUAUAUAUUUAGCUCGUUCACUAUAACUUCUUGUCCCUCCAAACAUCCCUCCAAACAUCCCUCCAAACGUCCCUCCAACUAGACCCAGUCCUCUGCUCGAUUGGGAAAUGGCUAAUUAAGUUAUCAGUUCGUAAAGCCUUACUAUAUUAUUCUUUAAAUCGAUGUCAAAAUACGAAAUUUCAGCACACUCUUUGCAGACCGCGCAGACAAAAAUAAUACAGGGUUCGUAGCGGUCUUUGAAAUCCUUGAAAGUCUUUAAAUUUGAAUGCAGGUCUUUAAGGUCUUUGAAAAGUUUUUGAAGUAUGUGAAAAAGCGAAGAAAGUCUUUAAAAGUCUUUAAAUUCUUUAGUGAUUAUUUGAUUAUACGAUUUCCUAGCUAAUAAAAUAGAUUGAUUGAAGCAAGAUUUUCGCAAAUAUCGACGAAAAAGUGCAUUUUAGGAUGUGAUUUGACGGGACUAAUUACCUGGUAAAAAUGGUGCUUAUACAUCGCAAUUUUUCGACACCUGAUUGCCCUCAAAGGUCUUUGAAAAGUCUUUGAAAAUAGGCAGAAAAAAUCUUUGAAAGUCUUUGAAAUUUUUUGGUCUUGGAGACUACGAACCCUGUAAUAGAAAGGGGGACUGAGACUGACGUCCAAUUAAUAGCUCCAUCAUUGAUUUCACUUUUUGGACUCGAAUUCUCACUCCAGAUAUAUAUGGAGCUCGCUGGUCAUUGUUUUAAAUUAAUCUAUCGUAUAUAUUAAGUACAGAUAUAAUACAUUCUAUACCCAUUUUUUAGAUAUGACAGGAGUGUUCGAAAUUUCACCUGAAAGUGUUGACAUUCUUCCUCUAAAAACUGCUUCAUUUAUCUUAACAUUUAAGCCCGUAAGUUAAAAUUCCUAUUUUAAAUUGUCUUACUAUCUAUACAGCGUUUUAUACUACUAAAUUUAUCAAAUUGACAUCAAAGGGCUUAUGGAUUGAAACAUAGUCUUUCGAAACAUGGUUUGGAAACUCCGCUAAAGUCUUUGUUCUAUCUUUUUGUUCGCGUUUUUGCAGUUUUGUGCACGGUGCACGGUCAAUGAACACAUUGUAUUUCAGUAUAAUGAACGAAUCAUCCAAUAGCAACGUUUCAGUUUAGUCAUUCAACCAUGCUAUUUAAAUAUUAAUAAACCUAAAACAAAGGAUGUGCACGGUGUGAGGUACGGCUCAACAUAAACUCCCAGCUCAUUAUAACCGCUUUGAAGUUUACUGAGUUUCCAGACCAUGCUGUCUUAAAUUUUGACUAUGAUUGAAAUUUUGACUAUGAUUGCAUUGUGAGGUAAAUUCAAAAUGGCCGCAUAAAAUACUUUGCCAAACUGUCUUAGCUUGCUUCGUUCUAGAGAUAUUUAAAACAUUUUGAUCAGCAAAUUAUCCUCGCUAUGACGUCACAUUGCAUAAUGACUCUCUGAAAAAAACAUCGAGAUCUUGGAAUAUCGUGCAUCGAAAUCAUAAAACCGUGCAUAUGUGUUAGGUACUACAACCAUAUGUUGUAUGUCGACAGAUUUGAACCAUUUAUCUAUAAGAGUUAUAAAAGUUUUUUUUCUGAAACCAUUAUGCAAUUUGAAGUCAUAUAGGAGGGUAAUUUGCUUAUCAAACAUUGUUAAAUAUCUCAAGACAGAAAGAAAGAAGCCAACAUCGUUUGGCAAAGUAUGUUUUUCUUUCAUUAUUCUAAUAAUUUUGUCAAUUCUUUAUUAAAGGAUCGAGAAAAUCAGUUUUAUGGAUGUGAGAUCGAGUGUUUUGUCUCGUACAAGGUACAUUGAAUAGCUGCUCUCCGUUUCCUAAAUGGCACUACACACGUAAAAACGCACAAGUUGUUACAAGUCUGCAAACAAGUUGUUACAAAUCUGUUCACAAGCUGUCGACAAGUUGUGUUCGCACUGCUUGUUCCCAGUUGUUGGAACAAGAUUGGAACAAGCUGUUAACAACUUGUAACAAGCUUGAUGGCAUUGUCACAAGAUUAUUCUAGCAAGUCUGAAACAGUCAUGGUAUAACAAGAAUGUUACAAGGUUGACGACACAAGGUUGUAACAAUAUUGUUAUAUCAUGACUGUAUCAAACUUGUUGGAACAACCUUGCAACAAAUCUGAUAAUAUCAACAAGGUUGUUACAAGUUGUUUACAGCUUGUUCCAAACUUGUUGACAACUUGGGACAAGCAGUGCGAACACAACUUGUUGACGGCUUGUUGGCAGACUUAUGAUGAUGUGAGAUUUUUGCCUGUGUACUGUACAACAAUUUCUCAUUGAGUGUCUGUUUUUAUGUAGUGUGCGCGUGAUUACAGACUCGUGGAAGAUAAAACAUUGUCUCCACCUUGGUGUGUUACAGUAUAUUGUUCGGGUAUGUAUGCAUAUAUGAGAAGUUCAGAUUUGACUACACUACGUCGGAACAAUUUACAAUUUACGUGUGUUCAUUGCACUCAUGUAAACCCAAAAUAUUUCAAAUAGAACGAAGACAUUUAAACGAAAAUAAUUUGAAUUUAUUGUUUUGAGACACUGGAAAAAAAUUUGAAAAUCCAUAGAAGGUCAUAGAAUGGAAAUUGUAUGGACCUUCAUUGGAAAUAGAAUGGAUUUUGGUUAUCCAUAAUAAUUGUAUAUUUCCAUAGAUGUAGUUUGGAUAUACCACAGGAUAUACUUUGGAUUUAGUGUUGCAAUUGCAAAUUUCAUAGUAUGGAUUUCACAUUUUCCCCAGUGAGACCCAAGAUGCUUGGUUUUGCAAGCGGUACAAACAAAGUAACGGCGUUUGCGUUCACACGAAGCCGCCAAGCACUCCUUUUUCAUUUCACUCCGUUUAGAAACUGUGCUUAAAUUGUUACGGCAAAAGUGGCGUUUUUAAAGAAUAAACAAAAUGGCUGGCGGUAAACCUCGUGCCAUUCACCGGAGGUCCGGCAGCCCUGAUAUAUCCGAUUAACAAAUCAUCAUUUCUCUUCGUGUUUUUCUGAAGAUGUUGUGUAAUGAUUUAGUGGGUUGAAAAUAUGUUUCUGUCCUUUAGGUGAAACAUUUUCACGUGACAGAGAAUCAUUCUUGCCACGUCUAGAAUUUAGUGCGACUCAACUGGUAAGUCUUGUUAGUGGAAAGAAAUACCUAAAUCCAUCGGUAGCCUAAUCUACACACGUAAAAAUCUCACAUCUGGUAGCAAGUGCCAACAAACCGUCAACACGUUGUGUUCGCACUGCCUGUCCCAAGUUGGCAACAAGUUUGGAACUUGUAACAACUUGUAACAACCUUGUUGAUACUAUCAGACUUGUUGCAAGGUUGUUCUAACAAGUCUGAUACAGUCAUGAUAUAACAAGAACGUUGCAAGGUUGACGACACAAAGUUGUAACAAUAUUGUUAUAUCAUGACUGUAUCGGACUUGUUGGAACAAUCUUGGAAGAAGUCUGAUAUUGUUCACAACUUGGGACAAGCAGUGCGAACACAACUUGUUGACGGCUUGUUGGCAGACUUGCUACAAGUUGUGAGAUUUUUACGUGUGUGCCUCACUGGUACUCCAUUGAUUAUUACUACAUGCUUGAGUUGCUACAAACAUAAAACUCAAGGAAUAUACUUAGCCUGUAAGAUAAAAUACAGGUACAUACACAAUGUACUUCCUAAAAAAUUCUCACUGUUUUCUUAAUGUAGGUGUUUCCUGCUGUCACUUUACAAAACACAUCAUAUCGUACGUUGUGUAUUGCAAACACACCUGCCAAUCCUGUCAGAUUCUCUUUUGAUCGAGAUCCUACAGGGUAAGUGGAAUUUCUCGAAUCCCCCCCCCCAGAAAUGAUUUGCAACCCCCCCCCCCAAAGGCAUUUGGCACCUCCGCAAAUUACAUCUAUUUUGAUUUGAUAGUUUCAUAUUUGAUUAUUCUUACUACUAAAUUUGUAAAUUACCAAUAUUAUGGUCUCAGAUCUCGCCAUGCAGGCCUAGAAAACAAAUUUUGUUAAACUUUUUUCUUGGCUUUUCCGGGCGUUGCCACCACGCCCCGGCCAAAGCAAGCAGCAGCACCCCCCAGAUAUUUAUCCACCCCCCGAACGAAAAUAUGAAAAUCCGUCUCUGCUAGAUCUGAAGUCCGCACAUUUUGAUCAAAUUAUGCGGACUUGAAAUCUAGUCCAGUCCUCAUAGUUGGAUUUGAAAUUUUACUUCUAAAUUCCUACUGUGAUCACAGAAAUUUUGAUAGUGUAAAACACUAAAACCAGCCUUAACUGUCACUAAAAUGUUAGUGUACAAAGCAGGAGCAACAACUUCUGAAGCCAUGCACUGUUAUUAAGAACCAUCUAAGGUGCAGCGUUCAUGUUGUUAGCAUAGAAGAUGACCGUCUACCAAAGCAGUUUUUUAUUCAAAACUUAAGGAUGUCAUGCACCAGCGUGGGUUGGUGUUAAGUCCGAUUGCCACUCAAGUAAAAUUUCCACGGACAGAAAAUGUUCCGAAAAUGUCAUUGUUAAAUGUUCAAAUUUUCAACUUUUUUACCGACGGAAAAUUUGUGUCCCGGCCAAUCAUAUUUUACAAAAUUUUCUUUUUGCGGAAAAUUUUCUGAGUGGAAAUAGGCCUAGAGCCCUUAAUAUGGAUUAGACCCUAACUGAGUCUUCCAUGCACCGUAAGUGUGAUCCGUGAUUAGACAUGAGUCACGAAAUGCUACAUAUAUACUACCAGAUAUAGUAAAACCUGUACCUAUAUAUGCUACUUUAUAUAUACUAGCAGAAUAAAUAUCUCCUUUUAUUUAUUUUUUCAGAACAUUUCGUUGCAAGCCAUCCCAAGGCAUUAUAAAGGAUAACAUUCAGCUUGUUAUGUUUCGUCAUGAAGCAAUGGACAUGCAAACAAACAAGUUACCAUUAUGUUGCCAUUUUAACAACGAAGACAAAUUUAACCAGGUAUGGCCAUGUUUUGACAUAUGAAAUUUCUCAAAGUAACACUAGGGAAACACAGACCUUUUGAAGGUUAACACUCCAUCGCUCUCUAACCAGAAACCACACCAACUUUAAUCCUAUGAACGUUUGUCGUUUUAAUCUCUUUGUUUGUUACUUAAAUACCCUUCCAGCAAUCCACAUAUAUCCCUCCUCCCACCCUUCCAACAUUCCACAUUUCCACACAUAUCCCUCCUCCCACCCUUUCAGCAAUCCACAUAUAUCCCUCCUACCACCCUUCCAACAUUCCGCAUUUUCACAUAUAUCCAUCUUCCCCAAGCAUUCCACAUAUCCCUCCUCCCCCAGCUUUCCACGCAUAUCCCUGGAGGCCCAACAUUCCACAUAUAUCCCUGAGGGCCCAGCAUUCCACAUAUAUCCCUCCUCCCACCCUCCCUUCCAGCACAGGAGAGAUCAACUACAAUUCACAUGAAACACAAGUCCAAGCUCUAACUGGGCUUAAUAUUUUUUCAGUGGUGCGUGCCAACGCGCAUGUGCCACCCGCGCUUAAGACACAGGGCAACAUUUUAUGGGGAAAGCAAACCCCUUAGAAGAGUGAGUCACACCACCUCUCUGUUACUUUUUCAGGAGUUUAUGUUGAUUGGAUCCACAGAAUCGCCAAAGAUACAUCUUGAACACGAGGUCUGUAUUUUCUCUCUAUGACAAAUAAUUUCCUUGCUUUCAGAGGCAUAUCAUUGUAAAGUAGUAGAUUGCUCCUCUCUCUUUACAGUUACUGUACUUCAGACCAACAUGUGUUGGAAAUUCAUCCAAACGUACUUUCAGAGUACAGAAUAGAUCCAGAAUCCCAAUCAGGUAUGUCAUAUAUAAAGCAUGGUGGUCAAGUUAAUCAGAUACAGGUCAGAUGCGAAUACUUUGUAUUACUUAAAGGGUAUGGGCAAUGAAAUUCAAGUUUGUUUAUACAAAAAGAACUCGUUAAACUGUAAAAUAAGUUUAAUAUACAGGGUGUGUAAAAAAAACUGAACAGAUUUGAAAUUGCCCUCAAUUUCGCAAAACACCUAUUUGUAUCCAGUUUUUUAUAUAUAUAGCUUCUUUGGGUACUUUAUAAUGUAGAAUAAUGAAAAAAAUUUCUCGAACUUAAAUUUUGUGAACCAGGGGGGGUGUCUUUUCCAACAAAUUAAAAAUGGCUCGCGCUCAAAAUUUAAAAGUUGUAAUCAUAUUUUGAGUUAAUAGAUGGAAAACUUGUCGGGUUUUUAAUUACUGUACAAAAUUUCAAACAAUUUGGUUUAGUUUAAGCCCUUUAACUAUUCACGCAAAGUUACAUUUUUCCUAAAAAUCAGCUAUUUGCAUGCUUAAUUAAUGCCUUUGCCUAAUUUACAUAUGUCAGCAAUAUGCAAAUUAGGUAAAGGCAUUAAUUAAGCAUGCGAAAGGCUAAUUUUUUAGAAUAAAUGAAUAGUUAAAGGACUUAAACUAAAGCAAAUUGUCUGAAAUUUUGUACAGUAAUUAAAAACCCAACAAAGUUUCCAUCUAUUAACUCAAAAUAUGAUUACAACGUUUAAAUUUUGUGCGCGAGCCAUUUUUAGUUGGUGGGCCCCCCCUGGUUCACAAAAUUUCAGUUCGAGACAUUUUUUUCAUUAUUCUACAUUAUAAGUACCCAAAGAAGCUAUAUAUAUAUAUAUAUAUAAACCGGAUACAAAUAGGUGUUUUGCGAAAUUGAGAGAAAUUUCAGCUUUUUUUAUACACCCUGUAUAUAUUUAAUAGUUCUUUUAAAUGAGACAAACUAAUUUUUUAUUGCCAAUGUCCUUUAAACACAGCCAGCUGUUCCUAAACAAGUAGUACAAAACACUAAAUGAGAACCAACUGAAAUUACUUUAUUUGUCCAGUUUUGAGUGGAAGAUGCGUCAACAAGAUUCUAGAAUUGUAGAAAUAGAACCACGUCAGGGCUCCAUACAUCCUGGGGAAAAUCAGGUCAGAUUGUAUUUCGUUGUUUCUUUGUCGUUUUGUUUAAUUUUUGCGGGUGUGUUCUUCUUGUUCUCGCUUUAAUAAAUGUGUCAAUAGCAGUAUGUGUUUUUCUUUUGUAGUUAUUUACAUGGUGGUUUUGUCCUGAAGAAGAGAAAAAAUAUCUCAUCAAGUGUAAAUUAUUUGUAAAAGUUGGUGAAGGUGUUGCAGAAGCGAAAAAGUACGUAAAGCCUAAAUUAACAAGCCUGUUCGCCCAGGUUCAUAUUUCCAUGGCCUUGCCAUGUUCUUACCGUGUUCUUGCCAUGAUCUUUCCACGUUCUUCCUAUGUUCUUGUCAUGAUCUUUCCAUGUUCUCGCCAAGAUCUUGCCACGAUCUUCCCAUGUUCUUGUCAAGAUCUUUCCAUGUUCUUGUCAUGAUCUUGUCAUGAUCUUCCCAUGUUCUUCCCAUGGUUUUCCCAUGUUCUUGUCAUGAUCUUCCCAUGUUCUUGUCAUGAUCUUGUCAUGAUCUUCCCAUGUUCUUGUCAUGAUCUUUCCAUGUUCUUGCCAUGAUCUUGUCAUGAUCUUCCCAUGUUCUUGCCAUGGUUUUCCCAUGUUCUUGUCAUGAUCUUCCCAUGUUCUUGCCAUGAUCUUGUCAUGAUCUUCCCAUGUUCUUGCCAAGAUCUUUCCAUGUUCUUGCCAUGAUCUUGUCAUGAUCUUCCCAUGUUCUUGCCAUGGUUUUCCCAUGUUCUUGCCAUCAUCUUGUCAUCAUCUUUCCAUGCUCUUGCCAUGAUCUUCCCAUGUUCUUGUCAAGAUCUUUCCAUGUUCUUGUCAUGAUCUUGUCAUGAUCUUCCCAUGUUCUUGCCAUGGUUUUCCCAUGUUCCUGUCAUGAUCUUCCCAUGUUCUUGCCAUGAUCUUGUCAUGAUCUUCCCAUGUUCUUGUCAUGAUCUUUCCAUGUUCUUGCCAUGGUCUUGUCAUGAUCUUCCCAUGUUCUUGCCAAGAUCUUUCCAUGUUCUUGCCAUGGUCUUGUCAUGAUCUUCCCAUGUUCUUGCCAAGAUCUUUCCAUGUUCUUGCCAUGAUCUUGUCAUGAUCUUCCUAUGUUCUUGCCAUGGUUUUCCCAUGUUCUUGCCAUGUUCUUGCCAAGAUCUUUCCAUGUUCUUGCCAUCAUCUUUCCAUGCUCUUGCCAUGAUAUUCCCAUGUUCUUGCCAUCAUCUUUUCAUGAUCUUGUCAUGAUCUUCCCAUGUUAUUGCUAUAAUCGCUCCACGAUCUUCCCACGAUUGUACACAAGAGAUUGCCAUGUUCGUACUCAGAUCUUGCCAUAAUCUUACCAAGACCUAGACACUCGCGACUUUCUCACUUGAACGAUCGGUGCCAGUGUAGAUAAUAGUAUAGAUUCCGAUUUGACUUCCACUACCGCUACCAUUAAGGAACCAUUGACCAAUCAGAUGCGUUUGAUACAUCUGAUUAACCAAUCAGAUGCGUUUGAUACAUCUGAUUAACCAAUCAGAUAAGUGGAAGUCAAAUUUGAACCUCUCUAGCGACGAUAACGAGACAGCUGCGGUUUGAAAGAUAUACAACUACCUGAAGUUCUGCUUAUAUUUUUCAUGCAGUUGUAUCCCUCUUGAUCCGCACCUGUCCUCUUUCUCUCUUGUAUCCUCGCAUGAUCCCUCACUUCAGCUUGAAACGUGCAAUUUCAUUGCGUUCAACUCCUGUUUAGCGUCACACCAAGUCAACCGUACUUACUCCGCGCUGUUGGAGCAGGAAUACACGGAACUAUAAUUGUAAGUAUAGCCCUGGGCCGCCCUUCGUGCAACUGGCCCCUGAUCAAAUGAGGAUGAGAGUGGACCUAUUCCCCAAUGAACAAAAUUUUGAUCUAGACAAGUCUAGACAACACUAUCACAGCUUGAAAGAGCAUCACAAAAUUAAUAAUAUUCCGAAGUUUUGUUGCGAAAUGUUAUAAAAUGCGGAUAAUAUAGCCCUGCGAAGUUUGCCGUUUUUUCAGUCAUUUUGUAUUACGCGCGGGAAACUGAUACCUUUUUUCAGAGAGCGGUAUCAAUUUUCCAUGCGUAAUACAAAAUGACUCUCUCAACGACCUCUCGACCUCUCUCAAAGACCUCUCAACUUUGCAGAGAAGUUAAGAGUGAGAUUGGGGAUGUGGAUCAGUGGAUGACACCUUUGUAAAAGUCCGGGGGUCUGAAAUGGCAUUUCGUACAUUAUGAGAGUUGGUGUUUUUUUAAGACUUUUAAUGAAAUACGUGAUUGCUUCAUAGUUACAAUAACUGUAUUUCUGUGACAUACAGUUUACAAUAACUGUAUUUCUGUGACAUACAGUAAUGAGCUUUAAUUUGCCUUUGAUAAUUUACAUAUAGAAUUCUGCUCCGACUGAUUCUGCCUUUUGUCCGCCAUAUUUACCUAUGCGUACUAUUUUGUAUCCAAAUUGCGGGCAAAAGCCAAAAUGUCGGGCCGUAUAUGCAGGAACAAUAACACGCGAUUGUAUAUUCGAUUCGCGAUCCGUAUAAUGAUUAAUAAUGUGCAUUUAAGAAUACAAUAUUAUAUUUAUUUAUUGAAAAAAAUACUAUAAAACUGCUAUAUGCGUGAGAUUUACUAAACGUGGCGUGAGAGUGAAGCAAAUUGCGUGAGACUCACGCCGAAUGCGUGAGAGUUGAGAGGUCUGCGGCAUUAGUGAUAGCAAAUUGCAAUUGCAAUUAGAAAUUGGAUUUCCUACUAUUUGCAACGGAGAUUCAUACUAUAUUUCCAUAGACAUAGUUAGGAUUUUGAAAAAAAUUUCCAGUGUCAACUGUAAAAAUGAUAAAAUCUCCCCAUGAGUGGCAGAAGUAAUAUGAGGACUGUACUAGAUUUCAAGUCCGCUCAAUUUGAUGCUGAGGCAAAGCCGAGGACUGGAUCAAAAUGCAAGAACUUGAAAUCUACUCCAGUCCGAAUUGGAAGAUUUGAAAUGACAUCUCAUGCGAGUAAAUCAUUAUUUCAUUAAUUUUGAUCCAGUCCAAGGACUGAAUUAAUUUUGAUCCAGUCCAAGGACCGAAUUAUUUUGAUCCAGUCCUAGGACUGAAUCAAUUUUCUUCAUCAGGUAUCCAGUAUUAACAUGUGAGCAAAAUAAAGCAAUAUGGUUGGCUAAUUUACUUUUGAAUUAUUAAUUAUGAAUUAGAGAUUUUGUCUUCAAUACCAUUGACAUUUAAUAUAUCGUUUAGAAUAUCAUGUUUUGUCUGUAAAUCAUACUACAAGCUACAAUCAAGUUUUCUCCUUUUGUACUGUUCAAUAACAUUGCUUCAGUAACAUCUUUAAAAAUAUUUUUACGUAUAUUUUACGCACACUAUAAUAGAACCAUUGCACAUGACGUCACUGCGCAGGUGAUGAUGCAUCUGGAAGAAAAUUAGCAAUCUAUGCAUAAUAUAACUUUUGUAAACAAAGCAAAUUUUGCAAAACUUUAUAAUAAUUUUGUAUUAAAAUGGUUAAUUUUUGCGCUGUAUGUGGUUAUUGUACCCGAACAGAUAUUGUUAGGGAGCAUCUGAAGGACACUCUAAGGAUUUGUGACGUCAGUGCAAUGGGUCUAUUAUGAACGUAGCAACACACUUUAGCUUUAAUCAUCUAUACCGUUACCGUCAUCGUUAUUUUCUUGGUAUAUUUCACAGAACAGCCUCAGGUAUAUUGGAUUACUUAAUUCUAGUAACUUUAGCAAAAACAAUAAAUCUCGCGAUUCUAUGUUCAAAUUAUGUACUCUUUCGAAAUUAGGUUUUAAUGGCCAUAUUAUGCAUGAUAUUACUGAUGCUAGUUUAAAAAAGCUGCAAAUCAUUUUGAAGCAAAUAACGAACAAAAAGGCUACUGCGCUGGAAAAAUAAAAUUUGACGAUUGAAUAUGAGCAGACGAAGUGAUCGUAGACCAAACCGGGAAUUUUUAUUUCAGCAAUGUUGCAUUCGUAUUGUCUGUUCAUCUUUUUUUCGAUUAUUAACCAUACCAAAACGCCGAAUAUUACAACAGCGACCACUGUUUGAAAAACAGACAUUAUAAUAUACAUAUUAUUUACGCCCAAGAAAUUUAUGCAAUUUUCAUUUUUCUCAAACUGCUUCACAUAUUUCUCCAAUUUUGUUUUCACUCGAUUUCCAUCCUGUAUAGGAUCUCCCUUAGGAGUGAUGUAUCUUACGGGAGUGGCGUGAUCUUGCGACGCAGCACAAGUUGUGCGUAUUUCUAGAAUACAUUGUUCAGCAGUGGGCUCUGUAUUUAAUGUAUAAGCUUGUUUGUAACAUUGAUGCAACAUAUCACUAAACUGCUCCAGUAUUGGUGAUUUUAAGAUAAACCAAGAAUUACUAUAGACCACGCAAUAACCAACCAUGAUCACUAACAUAUGUGGGAAAAAUCUAACCGUCCAAAAAAUAUCAUCAGUACAUUCGGAGUUGAUAUAAUCAAACAUGUUUCCAUUGGUAAACUGAACAGCAAAGUCUAAUGAAUUUCCUCCGCUUUGCGAUGAGUUGUGAAUCAUAGCACAAGCUGCCAUCUUGUCUGAUGAAGAGUUCAGUGCCGGGCAGCGUAGGACGGGUAUACACACAGGACCAGGUGCAUAGAGACCAACCACGCCAGUAACAACAGCGAUCAUAACCAAUACAAGAAUAAAAUAAUCGAUAAAUACAUCCCACCAAGGUUUAAGGAACUUCUCAGCCUCGUACUGAACGUGUAAUUUCAGAAGAUCUCCUAACGCCAGCAUCGUCUGUUCAAUGAAAAGUGUACCAUACCAUUACACCUACUAUUGUAUACUAUAUACCAUGCCAUUCACAUACCGAUUACUUCUCAACAUGUGAACUGGAACGACUACUAUGUUUGCUGGGAUUCAGGCUUUUCGGAUUCGACGAGCUCGUUUAUCUUUACUGUCGUUCCAAUUGAAGUGUUGCUAAAAAUAUUGAUUCAAUACAUUACCUCGGACUUAAACAAUUCAUUUCAUCAAGUUCCUCGAGAUAUUCAUUCUGUGAAAGAGCCAAUUCCAAGUAUUUGAUCAUUUCUGGUCACUUCCUUUCUAUUUAUGAUUGGUUAGUUGCACAAACAACAAAGGUGAUUGAUGCAUUCAAACUAUUCAACAGGACGUUUACAAUUAUACUAGGAAGUGUAUGAAUAUCUCGAGGAACUUGAUGAAAUGAAUUGGUCAGCCCGAGGUAAUGUAUUGAAUCAAUAUUUGAGCAACACUUCAAUUGGAACGACAGUAAAGAAUGUUCGCACUAUAACUAUACGUGUAUGCGCGUUAUGUAUAUAAUUAUAAAAUAUAUAAUUAUCCGCAUUUUUUACAAAACCCACAUAUUUAGUCAGCGACUUCCCUUUCCUUUCGAUUUUGUGUUCACUUCCGUCUCCUGACUCUACUUUCGAUUUAUUUUGUGCGUUUCCUUUCGACACAUCUUAUUUUGUGCUUUCGAUUUAUGUUUGUGCGAGUUCGAAUUAUUUUUGUGCGAGUUCAAUUUAUUUUUGUACUGUUCAAUUUUAUUUUGAGAGUUACAACAUAUUGCCAUAUUGUAACUAAUUUUGACCGGAGCGGAACACCAUAUAUGAAACGAAGACGCGCUACAGACGUUUUAAUAUCCGUCUGGCCAUGACGGAUACAUGCAUACAUAUCUAAAAAAUUAUUUAAACACGUCGCCCUAUUAAAAUCUUUCGAUGAUUUCCACAGGGGACGUGUAAGAAAUGAGACUAUAAAUACAUAUACAUAUACGACGCCAAAUUUAAAACGUCUUGUACGAAUUCAAUUCAUUAGUCGAAUUUAAUUCGUUUCAUACGAUGCACUAUCGUCGCAUUUAGGCUGUGUGCACACAAUUAAAUUCGACGAUAAUGCGACGUAUGAAAUAGGCCGUAUUUAUUUUGGACAUUUCUUUUCGAGAAAGAGUUUUAUGCAGAAUAAAUGCAUAAAACAUGACUAUAGCAAAAACCCCUUGAAAUGUACUCGCUUAAAACAUCGUUCUUGGCCUUUGGUUUGAAGAAUUUGACUAAGAAAAAACAUAAAUAUACAUACCUUGAUCUGGCUUGAACGCGAAAGUUUUCUUUGAGCUGUUGCACUGUUGGAGUUUAUACCAGGAAUUCAAUAUUGACGACCGUUCGCUUGUUCUAUACAUCUCCAAUUCUUGGAAUUCAACUGUCGGAAAUCAGCUAAAAAUUCACAGAACUUCCAUUCUUAACAUCCGUCACGAGGACAGCAUAACAGUUGAACUUCCACGAAAAGUCAGCAUAUAUAAAGACCAUUAAUUCCACCCAAGAAAUCACAAGACAAAGAAAAAUUCCGCUCGGCACGCAAAAUUCCGCGGCUUAUUAAGGUUACAUUAUUAUAUGAUGAAAACACUGAUUUCAUCAUUUUUUACAUUUUUAUUGAUUCAUAUUCAGGGGCUGGAAAUCUCUCGUUUGCCGCAAGUUUUUUUCAACAAUAUUAAAAUGCGUCCGAAAUAUAACAAAAAAUGUUAUAACCACUUAUUCUUUUGCCGCGAAAGUGGUAAUUGUAAAUGACAAUAUGUGGCUUGAUGUGAUACUUGAUACCGGAUGUGUGACCUUCAACCUCGCUCGUGUCUUCGGGCCCCUCUUCGUGGUGCAAGACAGAUCCUGAUCCUCACUGCAUUUUCGUUUGGCCAAUUUAGAUCGGUCUGUAUAGCUAUCCCCUUUUUACAUUUGCGUUUCGCCGGCAUAUUAGCAAGUUUUUUUGUGUGGUUUCUCGCAUGUACUGUACGGUUUGUGAUAAACUGAUAAUGAGUGAAUGACACCUAAAACCCUUGCCAAAACACACUUUACUAAUUUUAAUCCGAUUACAGUUCGAGGUGAUAACAGAGAGCGGAAAAACCCCGCCAAAUCUAAUAUCGUCUUUUGCGGAGAUUGAAAUAUUCUCAGAUUGUCCCCACAAAAAUUGUUUAGAAACGCGCACGUUUUAUCCGAAUCUCUCCAAAGUUUGCCACAAUGUUGAACAAUAGUACAGCAGCAAAAGUUUUUUAUUUAGUGCCAUACUUUUCAAGUUAUAGGCAUCUAUUCUGCCGUUCUCCCAAAAUUUAGAUGAGUCAACUUCUCUGCUUUAUAUCAAAGCAAAUAUAAUACCUGUCAAAAAACGCGAACACGGUUUUGUUCUUUGAUCAUUUGAGAUGGGAAAUAUUAUGUUUCGGAAGCCUGUGAGGUAAAUCAGAAGCGUUCUAAUCUCCUGGCGCAAAGGCCGUCAUAUUUCCAAAAGCAACCCGUAGCAAGUACAGUUUUAAAGGUGUAGAAUUUUUGGCAAAUCUUUAGCUACAGCAAUGAUUUACCAUUAUGCAUGCAAAAUUUGAAGGGGAAAACUUGAAAAUUGAGCGCGCGGUGAGCAUUUUGGUGAAAUGGGUUUCCAUCAUGUGGAGUAACCUUAAAGUGCCUUCGCGUGAAUUUUAAACUUUGUUGUUAUUUUCUAAAAUAACACUCGCCUUUCGCUUGCUUUUCUUAACUCUCGCAACAUUCCCGCGUGUUUGGAUCAGGCCAUCUAAAGUCUAAACAUGGAAACCGUAUAUUCUUAUUUUCCAGUGUGCUGACGAGUCAAUAGAUUGUGAGAAUGUGGUCGUUGGUACAUGUGUGACGAAGAAGAUAACUCUGUGUAAUCCUACUGAUUGUGAUGUCCCAUAUCGUCUUUUGCUAUCUCAGGAAGACUCUGAGGAGGAUGAUGACAAGCUGGUUAUCAGUAAGUAUCCCCUGAGCGCGCACUGAUCGUAAUGCAGGAUGCGACCAUCGACCAAGGCAGGGCUCCAUCAUCACUUUGAAGACCCGACAAAAAGGCUACAAAAUACUGUGUCAAGCGGCCGAACUUGUCAGAAAAUUUUGAAAAAUAAAGUUGCUCAGAUGGUCAUAUACAGAAGCUUCCAAAGACCCAAUAUGUAAUUUUUGUUUGAUAAUUGCCCUGCCAAAUCCAAAAUUUGGAUUUUUUAAGGAAAAUUGGCACCCUUUCUUUAUCCCUUUGACUAAGGCUAAGGGUGAAACCAACCCCCCCCCCCCCCUUGCUGGACCUUCAGGGAGAACAGUUUAAAACUGAUGGAGCUAGCCGGUAUAUAAAUAUAGUUAGUGUAUAUUAGGUUUCUCACUGUAGUAACACUGGAUCAAUAAGAGAUGCCUUUGCUGAUCACCUCUAGGGAGAACAUUGUAGAACUGAUAGAGCCAUCCAGUACAAGGACAGUUUUAAACUAUGUCAUGUUUUUCUUACCAGGUGUUGACGAAAUUGGUCGUGAUGUCUUACCAGCGAGAACAAACAAGUCCAUUCACGUGAAAGCUCGUCCACGAAGGAGAACAACAUACAAGACAAACAUUAACUACCAAGUAAUCGCUCUACAAGGUAAUACAGUAGUUAAACGUGACGUUUCAUUGUAGGCAGUAUUCUACAAUAAUUUGUCAUGGUUUGUAUCUGAACUACCUAAAAUUAUAUUUCAAACGUGGUCGUGCAGUGUAGGUAGUAUUCUACAAUGAGCUGCCAUUGUUUCUGUCUGAACUACCUGAAAAAGAUAUCUCACACUUGGGGCUCGAAUGUAGGUACUGUAGUAUUCUACAAUAAGCUGUUGUGGUUUCUGUUUGAACAACCUGGGAAAGAUAUCUUAAACAUGGUUGUUCAGUAGUAUUGAUUGUGUAUUGCACAAUAAGCUGGCGUGAUUUGUGUCUGAAGUACUCGAACAAAACUAUCUUCAACGUGAGGGGUCUAGUGUAUAGGUGGUAUUCUACAAUAAACAGUCGUAGAGAAUAAAUUCUGAAUGCUAUCUACAUUGUACCCCAACGGAGUGAUCAAUGUUUAAAUAAAACUGUUAAGCAGUGCUGUGAGUAACUUCGUUACAAGUAACUAGUUACAUGUAAUCGUUACUUUUUUGAGUAACUGUAACGGUAACUAGUUACUUUUUUCAGAACGUAACUUGUAACUGUAACUAGUUACAAAAAUUAGGAAUAAAACGUAACGAUAACUAGUUACAUUUGCCGUCAAGAACGCCGUUACAUUUUGUGUGCUUGAAUCAUCACAAUUCACACGGCGCUACCUCGGCGGCGCUACAGUGCAUUCUGGAUUAUUUACAGUACUGUGCAAAUGCGAUGUUAAUAGCAUGCAUACACGUGCUUUUAUCCAUUCAUUCGUUGACGUGUGUGGUUACACUCAUAGUGGGAUUAGUAGCGCAUUAAGAUGUCUUCGGCACAACCAGUAUCUGAAUCGAAUCCAUGGCCGCACUUGGAAACAAUGUUCCAGUUCAAAUCUGUAGCGGGAAAAACCGUGAAGCUAACUUGUUUACUGUGUUCACCGAAAGUUAAAGAGUGCUCUGCGAGCCUGUCAUCAUUGUCGAAUUUGCGUAAACAUGUUCAGGUUGGUUGGUCUACUUGGUUGCUAAAUAAUAUUGUAUUAAUGCUUGCAUCAGGGAUAAAUAAUCAUGCAUCAGUAUUAUCAUAUAUGUAUGUUUAUAUUUGUAUCUAUCAGUGAUGUUGAUAUUUAUCAUGGUCAAUACGUCGAUAUUCGAUACGACGAUAAUCACUUGACCAAGCGCGUGUUAACGCUUUUAAACCGAGUGUUUAACAAAUAACUAAUCAAAUAUAUUUAGGUUCAUGCAGCUUUUGCGGGUGCAGGCUUCUUCUAUAUUAAGUAUUAGUAAAAGACUAAUGUAAAUUUUAAGUAUAAGCGAGUAAAAUUUGCGUUUCUUGUGAAGCAGUUUUAAAGAUUGAAUACUAUUCACGCGGCUGAAGGCGAUGAAGUGUAAAAUAUUUUUAAAUUUGCAUUUUCAUUUAUGUCGCGUAGGUGCCAAAAAUACCUUAGUAACUGUCUGUUACUUAUACACACGGAAGAGUUAUCUGUAUAUGCAAGUUGGCCGAAGCUGCGCCAGCUUUUCAUUGAAUUGAACACACCGGUGCCUGCAAGCGCAGCUUGUGAAAGAUUGUUUAGCUGUGCAGGACUAAUUUUUAGACCACAUCGUUCCUCAAUGACGGAUCGUAAUUUUGAAAAUUCUCUUCUGGUCAAAUUAAAUAAAAAUUUUGUCUAACUUACAACAUGUUUUCUCAAUUCUAUUAGCCAAAAGAAUGGAUGUAACUUUGUCGUUGUAACUGUAACUAGUUACAAAAAUUUUAAAAUAACUUAGUAACUGUAACUAGUUACUUUUUUUCAAUUGUAACUUGUAUCGGUAACUAGUUACUUUUCUGAUGAUGUAACUGUAACUGUAACUAGUUACAAAAAAUAAGUAACUAUUACAGCACUGCUGUUAAGGCAACGAAUGGAGAUCAGUUAUAACCCUUCCUGCAGGACAUUUUUGAUAAAUAAAGAAAGUUCAACUAAUAUAAUGUAAAGCAAUCGUGUGCACAUUUCAUGUACACGGUAGCCAAUGUUUCCCAUCAUCUUUCAGACAAACCUGAAAGUAUCUGUGACACUUCGACGUUAUGUUGUGUGACUGUACACGGAGUGUAUCCAACGCUGACUGUUCAAGAUAUACGAGCUACUGGCAGUGCAGAGACGUACAGUAAAGUUCAACUGUGGAAUUUGUUCUCCCUUGAAAGGUUGGUAUAUUGGUUGACUUCACUUAAGGUAAUUCCGCAGUAAUUGUUCCCGAAAUGAGAAUGUGCUGAAACUUCCCAGGCAUGGAGUUUAUGAUAUACUUAAAGUAAAAUCACACAAAAAAGUCUGGGUCACCGAACUCGUUAAGAAGAUAUGACAAUCACAAUAUACCACCUUUACCCCAAUAUGGCGCCAUCUUGACGCUCAUUACGAGUAACAGCAAAAUCACAACAGCCCGAUAUUUAUUGACGUCUUUAGCGCGGAUUUUGCUUUAGUAAACCUAUCUUGUAAUUAUUUUUGAAAAAAUAUUGUGUUUUGAGCAAAAUGAAACUACCUAACGUGUACAAUUCUGAUCCAUAAAUGUCUUUUCCACAUUUUUUCACAUAUCUUUCUUUGAGAACAUGCAUUGAUAAAGGAUUAUAAGAUCCAGAAAUAAUUUUUCUUUUAAUUUCGGAUAUGAAAUGUAAAAUGCAUUAAAGAAAUAAAUUAUCAGUUAAAACACGGGGGUCACCGAUCUUUUUAGGGAAUUGUGGCAUUAAAACGUGACAUACAAGUUAAUAAAUAUACUACAGACACAGGAACUCUAGCUACACUUUUGUAUUCCUUUUUUGAAAACAUUGAUUUUAACGUAAUUCUUUGCACGAAUAUAACCAAAGAUGUUUUGAAGUAACAUAAAAUUGUCAUAAAAUGAUUUUUUUUUAAACGGUACGUAUAAUGAAUGAAAUUAUAAGUUAUAAGCCGUGCGCAGUAAAAGUGCGCAAUGCAAAACUGCGGAAUUACCUUAAGCCAGUUCAGGGCGAAUUCGCCUAGUAGAAAACUGGCUUUACCCCAGCUGUUUUUAUGACACGAGACAAGAUUUGGAUUCCCUUAAUGCCCGCGGUUUCCAUAUUGUCGUAAAGAUUGAGUCACGAGCUUUUUUAACCGCAGAACCGAAAAUAGAAUACUCAUGAUUCAUAUUUGGUUUCGAGGUAAAAACUAUUAUAAUCUGGCCGUCGAGAAAGAUCGCGACUCUGUUUUUACGACUGUUACGACUAUAUGGAAACUUGGCUUAAAGAUUGGUUUACUCGUUAUUGCUAUUAUCAGUCUUGUAUUUGGAGGCAAAUAAAAAAUUUCUUAAUUUCUUGCUUCCAUGUGAGAAAACUUAAACUUGUUUUUUUAUCAUAUGUAGUUUUAAUUCAGUUUUGGACUCGGAUCCCCAGCCUGUCGAAGCCAUGAGUUCUGCUGCAACACGUUACAGGUAUAGGAGUGAAAAAUUGUGUAUUUUGUGCAGAUGUGCGAUUAUAUUUCGUCUCUGGUUUCCUCCUGUAGCCCUUACUGGACCUCUAGGAAAACAGUUUAGAAAAAAUCAUAGAGCUAUCCAGUAAUAAAAAAAUUAGUUUAGUUUAGGUUAAAGUGCACAUGACAUGAAAUUUCUUAUUUUCUUAAAUGAAAGAACUCUUUAAGCUGUAGUGUAUAUAUAUCUCAUUUUUCAGUUUCUUGUUUUUAUGGUUUGUUCGCGAGAUAUUUCAAUUUGUUUGAUAUGUAAAUGAGUGUGAAUAUGUCCGAUAAUUUAUGACGUCACAUUGGUUGCAAGCUCAACUUACACUGGCUAUAAAACUAUUAACUCUAAAAACACGUUUUUGUCCAGUGUUUCAUCACAUUUACCAGUGAGUGAAGUUUGAAAUUAUCAUCUUGGAUGAGCGCAGUGAUAUUCAACCAUUUUGAAGAGCUUGCAACCAAUGUGACGUCAUAAAUUAGCGGACAUAUUCACACUCAUUUACAUAUCAAACAAAUUGAAAUAUCUCGGGAACAAACCAUAAAAACAAGAAACUGAAAAAUAAGUUGUACUACAGCUUAAAAAUUCUUUCAUUCAAGAAAUUAAAAAAAAAUUAUGUCAAAAACACUUUAACACUGGAGCAAUAAGGGAGAACAAUUUAGAACAGGGCUUAUAAACGUUUUCAAUUAUGUAACUUCUAAUUUUGUUUAGUGAUCGUCGUCGCAAGCCAGUGUCAACGAGAGCAGUUGUCGGGUUUGCCUUUGGCAGCGCUGGUUGUGGCUCUCGGUCAACUGUUUUCUAUCUGAGUUUGCUCAAUAGUGGAUCUGUCCCCGCUGAAUGGUAUGAAACAUAAUACUUGAAACUGAUAUUAUUCGGUCUAGUCCGUGGAUUAAGGUAGAUUGAUACGUAUCAAAUGCCAGGUGCGCCAAGAUAGGUUUCAGUAAAAACGAAGCUCUAGGAAGAUGUUCUGUGACUGGUUGAUUAUGACAAUGACAAAAGACGUAAUUGGCUUACAUAAACAAAAGGAAUAUUGUUCUUGCUUCGUUCUUUAGAAAAUCCAUUUUAUAGCUUAUUCUUUUGUCAUUGUCAUAAUCAACCAAUAACAGAACAUAUCUUCCUAUAUAGAGCUUCGUGCCGACCCAGAGUUUUGGGCGCCGGGGCCAAUCCUCCUCGCAUGCUCCCGUGCUUGGAGGUUAUACUAUAGGUCGGGGGCAAAUUUGGGAUAAUUUGCAUUUACAUAUCUUGAACUCGUAUGAAAAUCAGCUGGUUUAUGCUGAGUGAGUGAUGUUCCUUAAUCUUGAACGUGUAUAACUAACAUUCUCAAUCAGCAAUCUCAAUCUAUCUCGGGUAUCAGAAAUUGCAAAUUCCUGCAUUUUGGCAGAGUACGUAUUGACUGUAAUAGCCAUGCAUAUUUCGCUUUGUUUUUGUCUGAGGGAAACGUUUCUGACAGUGUAAAUAUUUUGUAAGUGUUCAUGCCGAUUUGACUUUCAAAUACUCGAAGCUAAUGGUCGUAAUGACUAAAGAUCAUUUUCGUGAAAGUAGUAUAUCAAUCAAACUUUUGAUAAUUGUCUUCUCAGGACGUUCCUGUUUCCUAAUGACCUGCAACUCGAACUGGAGUACUGGGCUGAGACUGGAGAGUAUAGUUCUGAAGAAUUACAGCAGGUAACGCCGGAUUCAAUUCAUACUUCGAAAUAUACUAAACUAACUUAAGCCCCGGUCAAGCGAGGAUCGAUGAGAGUUGAUGAAAUUUGAUGCAGUUGCAACUCUCGUUCUCGCGCGCCUUGCGAAAAUUUCACAAUGUGAAGUGUUCCAAUGGAGAACUUGCAUGUUAGACUAAAUUUUAAUCUAAGUAAAGAGAAGGGAAUCAAACACCCACCACAGCUUAAAACAACAUAAUGAAAUUAGUAAAAUUGCAAAAUUUGGUUGCGAAACGUUGUAAAGCUUGGAAAAUAUAGUCUUGUAAAGUUUGCAACUUUUGUAUUUGUUUGUAUUACGAGCGGAAAUUGUUACCAUUUUCCGCUCAAAAAUGGUAACAAUUUCCGCACGUAAUACAAACAUAUACAAAAUUUGCAAACUUUGCAAGGCUAUAUUUUCCGUAUUUUACAACAUUUCGUAACCAAGUUCUUUACGGCAAUUUACUUUUUUUUGCCUAUAGAUCAAAAAUUUAGUCUAACAUGCAUGUUGUCUAUUCCAUAUACGAAAUAAUAAUUUCACGUGUGAAAUUUAUUUUCACAUAACCUUUAAUUUCAGAUGCAUGUGAAAAAAUAUGUGAAACUCAAAUUUCGUAUGUGAAAAUUCUACAUUUCACAUAUGAAUGAGCACUUUCACAUGUGAAAUGUGAUCCAGAAAGGGCCAUAAUGUACUGGUCGAGUACCUGGAGAAAAUCUGAGGUGUUUGGAAACACAUAUGUGAAGGUCCAUUGCCACUCAAGACAAAUUUCCACGGACCUGAGAAAAUUUCCCGAAAAUAUCAUUGUUAAAAGUUGAAAAUUUUCAACUUCAAAAUGUUUUUCCGACGGAAAAUUUGUGUCGGCCAAUCAAUGGAAAUGGGCUUUGACUGAGGCGAAAUUAUAUAAUCAGACAACUGUAUAUUGCAAGAAUGAAUCGAACCCCCAAUGAAAGUACAUACAUCCAUGCUGUAACCAGUAGACAGAUUUAGAUCGAGGACGCGGACGUCAAAGACGACGUGAAAAUGGCAUGUUGUGCCCAUGUAUGGAUAUGCAACGCCAUUUUCACGUCGUCUUUGACAUCCCCGUCCUCGAUCUAAAUCUGUCUAUUGUGCUCCCAACACCUAUCUCAAAUUCAAUCUCAAUGCAAUGUGAACGUGUUCAAUUUCAGAUGCAGACUAUUGGCCAUCAUUUGUUUAGUGUGGAACCCAGCAGCGGUACACUUGCAGCCGGUCAUGCGCAGACAGUCAUACUAAGAUACAAGUAAGUACGGUUCGUAUCGCGUAUCACGUGCUUGGUGAAACCCGCUCAUUUAUUCUGUUUCUUUUCUUUUUAGACACAGCAUAGUUGGCAUCAAUAGACUGCCUGUUCUCUUUAAAAUCACCAGAGGACGUGAAGUUUUG